UAAAUAUUCACUGACUUGCUGAUUUAUGAGAAGAAGGCAUGACAAAUCACAAAAUGUCAGGAAGAAGUCUGCGAAUAAACCGAUUAAAAAAUUCACGUUUGAGUAUGAGAUCAGGUAGUCUCUUACACUUCUUUGUUUGGAUGUUAAUUGAUACAUUCGUGAUGCUCUUGGUGACAUUGGCCAUGGUUGUAAUGGUGAACAAAAUCGAAGCACUUUGUAUAUGGAUUACAACACACAGUUGGUUGACUAUUGUCCUCAUAUUGCUUGGAGCAAUUCCAGUUCUCAUUCUUGGAUUACUCAAACUUCUUGGAUAUCGUCGUGAGAUUGAUCAUUUCUUCAUCUCAUUCAGUUUCUUACUAUGUUCGAUGGGUUUUACUACCAGAAUCCAUACAAUUGAUUUGGUUCCUGCUUUAGUGGCAGUUGGUUCGAUGGUUGCAUUGACAGCACUUGUGGUCUUCCUGGCUCUAUACCUGAGAAAUAUACAAUUUCGUUCAACCAUUAUACUUUUCUCACUAUUAUGCUCUUCGGUCCUGGUUGGACUUAUACUUUUCAGUAUUGAAUUCAAUUUGGAAAAAUCAGAACAGGUAACACUGAUCAAAUGUGAUAAGAUAUGAGCAUGGGCAUUUGCAAUUUAUGACUUGGCCUGUGAUUAAUUCCUUGAGAAUGAGGUGAGGUUGUCAUACUGAUAAUAAAAAAUAUGUGGCAGUUUGACACUGAAAGUCAAGUAAUUUUAAUUUUACGAAUGUUCGAAAGUUAGGUAUUAUCUCUGGGACACUGCACGUAAUCCGUUAAAUGAUGGUAUUACAUUUGAAUCGUUCAUUAUUCAUGUUGACACGUGCAUAUUUUCAAAAUUACUUGUGCACCACAUGAGGAUAGUUACUGGAUUUACUGAGAUAUUUUGAAGCCUAGUAUGGUUUAUAGUAUUCUAACAGACACCUUACAAUGAACUACGCAGUUGGUUUUAUCACAGUGCUUGAGACUCAUCAAUGUUGAUUUACCAUGCAAAAUACGAUGUGACAUGCGAUUGUGAAUGCGUAAUUAGGCAGAUUACUAGGCAUGUUUAGCUAUUUAAGUUUGUUCAUCAGUAAUUUCAGUUUUGGAAAUCCUAAAAUUUAAUACUUCGGUAUGUGUAUUUUAACUAAUUCCGGCAUAUUGCUUUCCAGAAAGCCCUGUGGAUUUCCAUUGGGGUCUGCUUCACUUUUGCUAUUGCAUUAGUAAGUUUCUUCCUAAUGUAUUGGUAAAAUAAGUUUAAAACGCAUUUAUCUUCUUUUAAACAAGAACAACUAAGAUUGCGCUUUAAAUGAAAUUCACCUCACUUAUAUGUUUUUAACAGGCUACAUAUUCAGUUAAGUUCAAAAUGUGUUUAUAACUUGAUCGUUUUACGAUGAAAUUUCUGAAUAUGAGUACUUGCAUAUUGCUCACAAUUCGCAUAAUUGCCCAUUUUCUCUGUUCAUAAGACAGAAAAGUAAGUUGAGAAAAUGAAGAGUACAUUACUCAGCCUACUAGGUGAAAAAAUUAUUAGUAGUUACUUGGUGGAUUCUUAGCAUAUCUAAUUUGCCUAGUUAGAUAUCCGUCAAAUUGAAUGCAAUAUUUUGGUGUGUAACAUCCGGUCUUCCGCGAGUCCGCUUACAUAUUGAUCAAUACACUUUUCUGUAAGGUGUGCAUUCAGCUGAGCUAUUUCAUGCAAAUAUGAAUCUGGCAGUUACCUUAUAAUACUAAUAUUUAAGAAUGAGGUCAUUUAUUUUUAUAAGUAAUACUGUUUUAACUGAAAUUUAUAAAUUGGUUAAUGUAACGUACUAUUCUUACAUUGUAGGCUAUUUUUUUGACGGUGAAUAGAAUACGUUUAUGCAUCUCAUAUAGAGAUGUAUACUGUACAAUAAUAUUUCGAGCAUUCUGUUUAUGGUUGGAAAUGCUUUUACUGUUUGCGGCAAUGUAUGCCCCCUUUGAGAGACCUCACGUUUCGUGUUCAAAUGCAUGAAUACACCAGUAUUUUCACCAUGAUUAUAAGAAAUCAUUUGUGUUAAAUAAAUAUUGAAGCAUUUUAAUCUCUUCAAGUUUUUGUUCUAAAAUAUACUUUGUCAAACGUUGAGCUGGUGAUUUUGAAGCGUCCUGUAAGUUGAACACACAACAGAUUUGUCGAUUUUCAAGCUGCUAAACAUGGAGUAGUUUCAGUUCAGUGCUAAGAGAAGAG